CCUGAGUCUGCGCCAGCGAGGGAUCAAGUCGCAUCCGCCCGAGGCCAGCAGACAGCCAGGUCAAGAUCGUCCCCGCCAGCACCACACCGCACAACAGCCCGAGUCUAUUCCCUCUCUGAUACAACCCAAAAUGGACGCCGCCCUGAACACCCUGCUGGAUCUCGCCCUGGCAUACAUCGCCGACCUGCGGCAGCUGAAUCCGGCGACCGGCUCGAGCCUCCAGUCUUUCAAGGAGCAAGAUUUCAAGGCCGAAAUCGAGAAAUCUGCAACGCUUCUCUCUCACACCACCACGCGGCUGGCUCUCUCCGCCAACGGCAAAUCUCGGGAGACUGCCUCGAUAUGCGAGACUGCAAAGCAGGCGCUGACCCAUCUCGUUGCCACCGUCGAGUCGGUCCCGCUCGGCCUCGGAAGAAACGUCACCAAGCGUCUGCGGUCGGCCACCAGCACCGUCGUGGUCAGCUUUGCAACCCUUCUGAACACCUUUGUCGAGCAUCCACGGGACCUCGAGGCGAAUUUGCGGGCGGCCGGAUACCUCACCUCGACUGGACGAGUCUGGGAUAACUGCGAGCUCAUCAAAGCCGUGCCGUUGUCGAAUGCGAUCUGCUGCAAACUGGCCAUCGAGGCCGAUAUCAAGAUCUUUGACGAUGUGGCGGCCGAGAUCCAGACGUCGCUGGACAACAGCGCCGACCAGGCCAAGCCCAUUGACAACGAUGCCGAUGCCGAUGUCGAUGGCGGCACCAACGACGACGAAGGCGACGACGAUGAUUUUGAUUUUGAUUUUGACGAGCCCACCUUCAUCGCUCCCGAGGACCGCGAGAUUGUCCAACAGACCCUCAAGCUCUUCAACUCGUCCAAGAUGCUGCUUAAAAAGUUCACCAAAAUCCUGGCGCAGACGCCGCCCUCUGUGCCUGCGACCGAUACCAUCGAGUGGAUGGACUCCCUCGUCGAUAAAACCUCCGCCUUGGUCAGCCAACUGGACGAGAUCUCAAGUGUGCUGCUCAUCUCGCCCGUCGAUCGGCCGGGUCUUGUGGAGUCACUCGAAGCCAUCGUCGAGCUAGCAAGCGACAUGAUGACGGCCUCCAAGGCCCACGUUGAUACUGCUGCGGCCACCUGGUUCGGUCUGUGCGGGACGCAAUUGCACAAGGUCCUCGAAUCGGUGCGGACGAUGUAGUAGCCCAUCUGCCUGCCAGUGAUCCUGCCAGAGCGCCGACACUACCCCAGCCUGUCGAGCGCCCAAGCCUACUUUGAGCGGUAGAUGGCAAACCACGCUCGAGUGCCUGAGAAUCGGAGCUUGCUCAGGGCAACCAGAGCAACCAGGUAUCCUUGCUAGUCUAUAUGCUUGCUUGGAUACACAUACUUGGUAAUAUCACCAGUGCCGCUGUCCCUUGGGGCCACAAUCAAGUACCCGCUGAAACGGUCGAUGAGCGCAGGGUCCAAAAACAUGGCUGUA